AUGGGCCACAACCCCUCCCUCAACGGCGCCGGCCUCCCGCGCCUCCCACUCGACCUCCACCGCUACGAAAAGAACAUCGCAAUCUUCUGGUCCGUCCUCAUCCUCUCCUCCGGCAUCCUCCCCAUCGUAGGCUACUUCGCCCUCCACUACGGCACGGACCUCGAACUCAACAUCGUGCUCGCGCCCUUCCUAGGGUUCACAGGCGUGACGUCCAUCUUCUCGCUGAUCAAACGAUCUUGGGAACUCACGAAGAAGGAUUCGAAUUGUCGACCGUUAGGGCAGCAGAGUCGCUGGGGUCUUGAUUUCUUCGGCUGGAACUUUCUAUUCGGGUUUAUUGCGCUUACAAUGCUCAUCUCGCUGGGCAUUGGACUGGAAGUGCUGAGGGCUGUCUCACUCCCGCUGAGCGUGCUGGUGUUCUAUGUCUGCCUUGAGCUGCUUCUUGCCCAGGCUCUCAUGGCUGCGGGUGUGAGGGCGCCUUUAAGGAUCUCAUCUGUUGCGAAGGGGCAGGUACUGAGGCCGGGGUCGUAUGUGAUUGUAGAGGAUGUGGUGGCGGUGGAUGGGGGACAAGGGCAGGGGUUUCGACGGGCGUGGAAUGAGCGGUAUGAGGCUAGUCGAGCGAUGAGGACGCAUCUGAGGAAGAUGGAUUUGAUGUGGGCAGGGAGUGGGAUGGUGUUGGUGGCAGUUGUGGUUGGGGUGGUGUUUGGGGCUGAGGAGAGGGAGGUUGGGUACGCAGUUGGGUGGUCAUUACCUUGGGUAUGGGCGGGCACGAUGGCAUACAUUACUACUCAGCUAUCGAAGGCCAUGCUCAUAAAGGAAGCCAGAGAGCAGCAGCACGCUGGAGUAUAG